AUGGGAUAGAAAAAUAGUAAAGAAACAAGUAAAGUAAUAAUAAUUUUAUAGGAAUAGAAAAUUUAGAUGUAAAAAAUUGUGAUCAAAAUAAGGAAAAAAUAGAAAAUAAAUUAUCAUUUAAUGAGAGAGCAUAAUCAAGAAAAUCUGAGUAGAAAUCUCUACCUAUAAUUUAUCAAUAUAAAUCGUAGUUUGAAAUUCCUUAAUAAUGUAUGAGGUUUAAAAUAUAAUUUAGAAAAUGAGAUAUUUUAAGAAAACGAUGUUUCAUUUUUAAAAGGAGAUGGUGAAAAUUAAGAAUGUGGAAAUUUAGAAUAAUCAACAAUAAAUAUGUAGGCAAUUUUAAAUGAAAAAGGAUUAAGUUCAUUUAAUGAUGGAUAAAAUUAAAGUUAAGAUGAAAAAUUGGUAGAUGUUUUAGAAUGCAAAAAUAAACUUAAAUUAGUUCCACUUAUUUUAUAAGAUGAAUAAAAUCCAUUAGUAAUAAAAGAAUUGAAUGAAAUGAAAUUUGAAAUGAAUUAAGAACAUGAUCCAACAAAAGAAUAAGCUAGACUAUAUAAAGGAUAAUAAAUAAUGAUAAAUAAUUUAAGAAUAGCUGGAAUAUGGAAAUAUCUUGGUCCCUAUAUAAAAUGUAUUUAAAAUAAGUAACCAUAUUUAUUAAAUGAUAAUUCAAUUUAUAUUGGUGAAUGGUUUGAAAGAAAGAGACAUGGAUUUGGUUAUUAAAUAAAUGAUGAUUAUAUUUAUGAAGGUUAUUGGCAUAAUGAUAAAUAUCAUGGGAAUGGAAGGAUUAUUUAUGAAAAUGGAAAUGUUUAUAUAGGAUAAUUUUAAGAAGGAUAAUAUGAUGGGGAAGGUUUUUUAAAAAAUACAGAUUAAAAUAAUAUAAUAUAUGAGGGUUAAUGGUCUAAAGGUAUAAAGAAUGGAUUUGGAAGGGAAUAAAUGUGUGAUGGUUAAAUUUAUAUAGGGUAAUUUAAGUAAAAUGAGAGACAUGGUCCUGGAAAGUUAUUUAAUUUAAGAGAUUAAUAUAUUUUUGAAGGAGAAUGGAUGAAAGGUAAUAUAUAUGAUAAAGGAAUUGUGGCAUGGUAGGAUGGAAGAAGAUUUGAAGGAGAUUGGAAAAAUAAUAUGAUGAAUGGUUAAGGAAUCUUUUAUUGGCCAGGAGGUAAAAAAUAUGUUGGAAAUUAUUUAAAUAAUAUGAGAGAUGGUUAUGGAGAAUAUUAUUAUAAAGAUGGUAAAAUAUAUAAAGGAAUGUGGAAAGAUGGAUUAAUGAAUGGAUAUGGUGUUAUUAUAUAUCCAAAUAAUAGUCAUGAAAUGGGAAUUUGGAAUUAAGGAAAAAAAAUUGAUUUCUCAGGAAAUUAAAAACAUAAAAGAAAAGGAACUAUUUAAACUUUAGGAAUAUGA